AUUAAUAUACAACUAAAGUAGAAUACAAAUAAAUAAAUGAUAUAAGUAUAUACAAAAAAAGUAAACAAGCUCUAGCAAAGGCUCUGUAAAAAUUUAAAUAAAUGAAACAUUAUUAUAAUAAAAAUGAAAACAAGUGAAUUAUUCUAUACUCACUAGUCAUUAGUAUUAAGUGUCUAAUUUCGAAUGAGACAUGAGUAUAUUAUUUAAAGAAAACAACUUAGUUUUAAUUGAUCAUAGAAAUUUUAUUUCUGGAAUUUAUAAAGGCAUAACCAAUGACCAAGAGAAAUCGUCAAAUUAUACAUUAAGAGGAAAAUUGUUUUCAAUUAAAAAUAGUAAAGAAAAUGGGACUAAAAAGAGACCACGAGAAUGUAGUCAAAUAAUUGAAGAAGCAUCUCUAAUUAAACAAAUGUACAAAGAUCUUUAUGAAAAAAUUCCAAUAGAAAUUAAGCAAAAUAUAAGUAAUAAGUAUGACUUAUUAGACACAUCACUUGUCAGGGACCUAUCGAGGAAAUAUUUUGAGUGUACUGCCUUUGAUCAUAAAGGAUUGAGCGGUGGGAAUAAUUCUGAUGGUCCAUUGCAUUGUAAAGUUAAAGAUGACUAUUUUCUCAUCCCACCAAACUCAAGGUUUUUUUGUGGAUGUGUAAAAGAACAAUGCCAGAAGUUGAAGUCUAACAAAUAUGACAUAGUAAUAGCUGAUCCUCCUUGGUGGAACAAAUAUAUUAGAAGGUUGAAAGGUGCUAAUGAUAAGUUGAGUUAUUCAAUGAUGUACAAUGACGACGUAGCAUCAAUCCCACUUAAAGAUCUACUUUCUAAAAAUUGUUUAAUAGCUGUCUGGUGUACUAAUGCACUAAGUAAUAUUAAUGCUGUCAAAAAUAUAAUAUUCCCGGAAUGGGGUGUCGAGUAUGUAACAACAUGGUAUUGGUUGAAAUUAAAUAUAGAUUUGGCACCUCUGUGCGACUUUAGUGCUGGCUGUAAGAAGCAACCCUAUGAAAGAGUGAUGAUAGGCAAAAUUGGAGAUGUUAAAAAUAUACCAUGUGAUUUAUUAUUGGCUAGUGUGCCUAGUGCCUUGCAUUCACAUAAACCGCCUUUAUUAGACUUAUUAAGGUCCUGCAUUGCAGUCAAAGAUGUGAAGGUAUUAGAGCUGUUCGCACGGUAUUUACUUCCGAACACAACUAGUGUUGGCUUCGAACCUUUAAAAUGGCAACAUAUAUCAUUGUAUGAAGAAAUUUAAUAAAUACAUAAGAAACAAA